ACCUCUUCAAAAAACCCUCAGUAGUGAGAACGGAGAGAAGAGAAAAUGGCAACUACGACUGGUGUUAGUCUUUCAAGCCCCAGGGUUUUGUUUAAGGCAUCGGUCUCGCCGCAAAGCGCGCAUGCCAUAAAGUUCUUCGCAGUUCCACUGGGUCAAGGGAUGCAGCCUGUUAUUAUCCGGUCGGGUCGGGUCUCCACGAUCCAACCCAUUCGCGCUGUGCCGGAGAAGAUAUCGGAGAAGGUGGAGGAGAGCAUAAAGAACGCGCAGGAAACUUGCGCCGGAGACCCCACUAGCGGCGAGUGCGUGGCGGCGUGGGACGAGGUGGAGGAGCUGAGCGCGGCGGCCAGCCACGCCAGGGACAAGCAAAAGGAGAAGGACUCCGACCCGCUUGAGAACUACUGCAAGGACAACCCGGAAACCAUUGAGUGCAAAACCUUCGACGAGUGAGUCAUAGUGCAAAAAUGUUGCGUUACAUGCCCAACACCUAUGUAUUAAUGUUUCUUUAAGCAUGAUCCAAUAACGCAUGGUAACUUAUGUUUAAUCAAAUCCAAAUUAUGCACUAGUUUUUUGUUUUCGUGUUUGGUUAUGCUAAACAACAUGCUAUUGCUAGCUACAUGAGAUUGCAUCAAAUUGCAUCUAUAGAUUCUGUACAGUUGCACCGUGAUCACCGCACACGUUGACGUUUUGCUUGAUGUGUUUUAUAUUCUUCAAUU